ACAACCCGACGCGAGAAUGCGGAAGUAACAUUUUGCAACAGGUCGCUUGCAACCACAGAGCGUGUUUUGACUGUUUUCCAGCGACUGCAGAGUAUCUUAUAAAACCGUGAAAGCCAUUGACUUUUGUGCUAGGCGUUGAGGAAGUUGUUUCUAUUUCAACUGGGUCUGAAUGAGUAGCGCAAUGCUCUAAAUAUGUCAACUUUCUAGUUUACAACAUUUAGUCCAUAACAUUCGAUUAGUUAUGGAUAGAAAACCCGGACACUUGCCGAAGUCUCCAAAAGACGUGCUUGAUGCUCUUAUUUGGGUGAAGGUUGUUGGAUUGGGUAAUGCAGGAGUGGGGAAGACAUCGCUUAUCAAACACUUCUGUGAGAGUCAGUUUUCUCCAGUGUACCAGCCCACUAUUGGAGUAGACUAUGGCUUCAAGAUAGAGAAGAUUCUAGGAGAAGACUUGCGAAUCCACCUGUGGGACCUGUCGGGGAACUCCGACUACCUGGAGGUGCGUAACGAGCUGUACGGGAACACGCAGGCGUGCUUCCUGGUGUACGACAUCAGCAGCCAGUCUUCCUUCGACACACUGGACACCUGGCUACGGGAACUCGGCAAGUACGGAGGGCUCAACUCAGAGGUUGUUGUUGUGGCCAACAAGACUGACUUGAAGACAAAGCGUGUGAUUUCCAUGGCAGAUGGAAGAAAGUGGGCAAGUGCACACAAACUCAAGUACUACGAGACAUCUGCUGUGACAGGUGAGGGGGUUCAGCAGAUGUUCCAGGACUUACUGAUGUCUGUGAGAGAGCGAGAGGCUCAGAAGGACAAGAGACCCAAGAGCAGACCAUCAGGGGCAGACAGACAGGCACCUGUUAAGAGUUAGCACAACUUGUAGGAAAAGUUAGAGUCAGUAAUUUGUUAAGGAUUUCAACACAUGUACAGGACUAGGUGAUGGCUGAGAGGGAACGCGAGGCUCAGAAGGACAAGAGACCCAUGGGCACUGACAGUCAGACACAGACAGACAGACACCGUGUUAAGAGUUAGCACAACUUGUAGGAAAAGUCAGAAUUAGUAUUAAGGAGGUUAAAGUCAGAGUAUCGAUGAGGAUGUCAACACAGGACCAAGAGCAGGCAGUCAGACACAGACAGACAGACACCUGUCAAGAGUUAGCACAACUUGUAGGAAAAGUCAGAAUUAGUAUUUAAGAGGUUAAAGUCAGAGUAUCGAUGAAGAUUUCAACACAGGACCAAGAUCAGACAGUCAGGCACAGACAGACAGACACCUGUUAAGAGUGUUAGCACAACUCAGAGUCAGUAAGGUUAAGGAAGUUAGAAGAUAUUAGUAAGUUGGUAUUGUAUAGACUAUUACCCUAGUAGUACUUGAAGUUGGCUACCCAAAUUGGCUACUCAGAAAAUGAUUUCAUUUCUGAAUCAGUGUCACAAAUAGAAAAAGUUCAGAAUUACUGUUACAGUACAUGUAUUCACAAAAAUUAGCUUUUUACUUAGUUUUAGAGUAUUCAUUUAGGACUUGUCAAUGAGCUUUAUCAUCAAUUGGCAUGAUGACUUAAUUAUCAUGAGUGUAUCUGUAAAUCAUGUCUGACUAAAAUUUUACUUUCUUUAAUUUGUUUAGAAUAGAAUGGAUAAAAUAAUUCUUUGGGCAAGGUUAAGUUAGAUUUGGUUCAAAGUCUGUUAUUCAGGUAUUAUACAUUGCCUUGUGUUUUGUUAUUAUAUCAAUCAUAAUACCAGGUAUUAGUUGUGACCCUUACUGAAGGCUUAGACAAAUGUUAUGUCAAUAAAACAAUGAAACCUAAGUAGUACUACUGGAUAUGCUGUUGAUUGCUUAUUCUAUGUCGUAUUGCCAUCUAAAAGGAGGUAAAUACUCUCAAAGUCAAAGCUAUAAACACAUCAUUUUAUUGAACAUUUCGGUUAUUUUAAGUAAAUUGACGAACAUUGUAC